GCUGCUCGCAGUCGAGCGUUUGCAGACGAAUUCGAGAAAAUACAACCGGGAAAAGACGGCCCUCAUCAGAUCCGAAUCGAAAUCGAAGCAGAACCUUCAACCAUGUUGAAAUUUCUUCACUUCAUCUACACAGGAGAGUUAUUGGGAACGUUGGCAGAUGAAAAAUUGUUCAAGUUAGCUCGUAGGUACAAUUCGCUAACUUUGUAUACAAUUGGCGAAACUGCUCUGAUGGAAAUUGAAGCAACGGCGAUGGCAAAACUGAUGGACAGUUUAAAUGAUGAAAUUGAUGCAGUUUAUCCUUCCAAAAUCAUGCCGGAAAAAGACACGGAAAUAUCUUUUGAUCGAAUGUCCACUUUUCGAUGCACUUUGCGAUUCGAUAGUUUCACUACAUCCGAAAUUUGAAGUCCAAAAUGUAUAAUGGAAUAUCAAGAUGAACAAUUGUUUUUCGCUUACAUCACUGAAGAUUACGUUGAAAACCAUCAACCAUUGAUUCAUUUGAUAUGCGGCAAACAUCGAAGAUUCGGCUUGAAAGUUGAGGAUAUUUAUUGCAGCAAAAAGGGACAGGAUCAGUGGUUCAAAAUGGAAGCGAAGAAAUCAAAAGAAAACGUAGAAUUACUUCAACAUUUUACCGUCAAAUGGAACUUGGAUUUUCAACGCAGCAUGAAACGCCUAAUUCAAUUCGACUUUGACAUUAAAGUCGUCAGCACGAUUGAAAAUUCUUAUUACUCGAUGAUGGACAAACAUUGGAUGAAGAAUUUAUGGGUUGCCGCAACACAACAAAAAUUUACUGAUGUUGAAAUUUUUAUCGGGACUGUUAAAAUGAUGGAAGCUCAUCGAGUUAUUUUAUGCGCCCGGAGCCCAAUCCUGAAUGAAUCUCUAAGCAAGAUCAGCAACACAGCAGGGAAAUCUAUCGUCGCAUUCGGGAUGGAAUUCGAUAAAAAUGUUGUGCAUUGUUUCUUGAAAUUCCUUUACACCGGCCGUUUAGAGUGGAGUCCGGAUUGGAAUGCAAACACUAUGCAGUUAAGUAAAUUGGCCGCAAUGUACGAAGUGGAGACGUUGAAAAAUAUUUGUCAGCCUUUCAGUGCCAGCCCACCGGAUGCAGAACAAUUAACUAACUUUCUUUUAGAGCUGUAAUCGUCGAGUCACCGUAAUUCUUUGAUUGAAUAUUCCACAUGAGUUGUGUAUCUAUGUCGUUUGAAUACAGACAAUUUU